UUAAGAGCGAGGGAAACCCCCUGCGUGCCCGCGGGGCCGGGCGCAUGAGGCGCUGACAGCGCCGGCAGCUUCGCAGCGCUCUGAGGCGUUCGGCUCCCGACGGGACAGCGGGGAGUCAUGCCCUGGCCUCGUCUGCCUGGGGACAGUGCUGUUGCAGAUAUGCAUGAGGAGAAUAAAGCUGCAGCAAAUGGAUGUGGCAAAAUCCGAAGUGGCACUCAAAAUGGGGCAGCUUUACUUGCCCUAAUGGAGAAGACUGGAUACAGCAUUGUUCAGCAAAAUGGGCAAAGAAAACUUGGUGGUCCUCCACCAGGUUGGGAAGGUCCUCCACCACCUCGUGGAUGUGAAGUUUUUGUGGGUAAGAUUCCUCGUGAUAUGUAUGAAGAUGAGCUAGUUCCUGUUUUCGAGAAAGCUGGGAAGAUCUAUGAGCUCAGACUGAUGAUGGAAUUCAGUGGUGAGAACCGAGGCUAUGCUUUUGUGAUGUACACCACUAAAGAGGAAGCCCAGCUGGCCAUCAAGAUUCUUAAUAAUUAUGAAAUACGUCCAGGGAAGUUUAUUGGUGUCUGCGUAAGCUUGGACAACUGCAGACUGUUUAUUGGAGCAAUUCCUAAAGAUAAGAAGAAAGAAGAAAUACUGAAUGAAAUGAAAAAAGUUACAGAAGGAGUGGUGGAUGUCAUUGUUUAUCCAAAUGCCACUGACAAAACUAAAAAUCGUGGCUUUGCCUUUGUAGAAUAUGAAUCUCACAGAGCAGCUGCAAUGGCUAGAAGGCGGCUAAUCCCAGGAACGUUCCAGCCCUGGGGUCAUACUAUUCAAGUAGACUGGGCAGAUCCUGAGAAAGUAGUUGAUGAAGAAACUAUGCAAAGAGUCAAAGUAUUGUAUGUGAGAAAUUUAAUGAUAUCUACUACAGAGGACAAAAUUAAAGCUGAAUUCAACAAAUUCAAGCCAGGAGUAGUUGAACGUGUGAAGAAGUUGAGGGACUAUGCUUUUGUUCAUUUUUUCCACCGUGAAGAUGCAGUUGCUGCUAUGUCUGUAAUGAAUGGAAAGUGCAUUGACGGAGCCAGUAUUGAGGUAACACUGGCAAAGCCAGUUAACAAAGAAAGUUCUUGGAAGCAACAUUUUAAUGGACAGAUAAGUCCCAGUUCUGAAAACCUCUUAGUGUUUCCUAACAAAGAAGAUGGUACUCAAAAAUCCUUGGGGAAACCAGCAAGUCUUUCAGUUCGUCUGAAUGGUCAGAACAGUCCAAGCCCCCCUGAAGCUGAAAGAAGUACAUACCACAUUUUUCCAGGAAUAAAGCUUACUCCAAUUAGUAUGUAUUCUUUAAAGCUGAAUCACUUCAGUUCUGCAGUAAUGCAUCUGGAAUAUUUUUGCCAUAAAAAUAGCUGGGCACCACCAGAAUACUGCUUGUAUUCAACCACAAGUCAGGAUGGGAAAAUACUCUUGGUGUACAAGGUGCUUAUUUCUAGUAUUGCAGAUGAUUCCCAGAGUUAUUUCAUGCCAGAAAAACUCUGUACAACAGUAGAAGAUGCAAAGGAAUUGGCAGCACAGUUCACACUUUUACAUCUAGCCCCUGAACAAGCGUACAUAACUUUGCUGUCCCUGAAUGCAGCAUGGUGGGAUAGUAAAGCCAACUGUACACCCUACUUGGUUUGAAUAUCCCUGAAGAAGAGGAGUCUGGAAUUUAUUGCUUUGGAUCUUGUAAUGAAAAGAAAAAGAACAACCCACUGAUACAUAAUUACUGGAAAUUCACAUUCCAUUUUUAUUGAUGAAUAAUUCUUCAAAGUGUGUGUAUUAAGCAUUUCAAUUUAAAGAUUAGUGAAAUUGAAUGUUAAAUUGUUUUGGUUAGUUUGAUUAAAUUUGGGUUUUAAAAUAUAAUUUGUUUAAAAGUUUUUAUUACCUGUAAUAGUCUAUACACCAGUAAUUUAUAUUUAGUGUUGAAACAAUUUGCCACAAUUCCUAUUCUUGUAUUUUCACACAGAAUUUUUUCAGCUUCUAUUGCAUGUAACAAAUCUUAAACAAAUGUUAAAAAAUCCCACCAACAAAACAAUGAACACCAUUCUAGCAAUCAUAAACAUGCAUAAUAUGAGACUUAAAUACCAUCCACAAGUUUGCUUCCUUUAACUUGAUGCAAAAUUUUGUAGGAAGAACAUGUCCAAUAAAAUCUUUACUUCUGAUAUAGCAGUACAUCAAUGGAAAAUUGGUAUUUUGAAAGACUUUACAUGAAUGUACCAUCAGGCUACAUUGCUGUACUCAUAACACUGAGGUUCAAUACCUUAGUUAAUUCUUGGAGACAAAAACAGGCACAAGUAAUCUUGACAGAUACAGAUUACAUGUGCUUUUAUGUACAGCUCACUGAGUUGUGUUUCCUCUUGUUAGCACCUCCCUGUUGGGACAAACAUGUGCUUUCAAAUUCAUAAAGGCCUUACUUUUAUCCAGGUUGUCCCUUGAAACCAGCACCUGUGCUUGCCUGUGGUAGCCAUGUGGAACAGCAGCUUGCUCACUUUCUAAUCAGGCCGUGUUCUUAAAUAAACACUGUUUAGCAUUAAACUGAAAGUAGUUUUUGAUUUUUAAAAUCAGAUAUAUGUAAUUCAUUUUGAGGGAACCAUCAUUAUUUUUAUUGUGACUAUUUGGCAUUUCUCAGUCAAGUGCUUUAUUUAUUGAAUGACAAAACAACCUUUUUUUACCUUCUUGACAAUCUGAAACUAAUACUGUAGACCAUUCUUAUUUUUGGAAUUUUAUACAUAGUUUUAGUUCAUUGAUAAGGAAUGGACCAGGUGGUUAAAAUGUCUAAGGGCCUCAUCUAUGCAGGUGUUGUUUGUAAGCUGUUGGAUCUGAAAAUUGUUUGUCAGAAAGGAAUAUUAUGUAGACCGAAAACAAUGCAAUGGAAAGAUUUCAAGUUGAAUAAUUUUUCUUAAAAGCAAUCAGCUGUUGUGGUCCACUCUGUAUUUUGGUUCAGUGUAUUUCAUCACCAUAUUAAAUUGUCCUUUUUGUUGUUAAUUUAGGUGCAGUUAUAGCAGUUUCAUUUUAUUUGCAUUUGAUAUUAGCUCCAUAAUAAUUCUUUUACAUGUUGCAAUUUCUAAUGUUGAAAUAAUGUGUUUGACUUCUGUACACAAAUUAACAUUUAUAUUAAAUUUAUGCUGUUCAUAUUUAGUGUGCGUAAAAGAAAAAUAAAUUAUUAUUUUAGACAUA